UUUUCUUAAUUGCGUUAUUUAGGGUUUUUGGUUCUCACUUUCCGCCUGUCUGUUUGAUCAUGACAUACAUACAUACAUAGUUGUGAUUAUUUGUUAUAAAAACAUUAACAGGAAGAAGUCUUAGGUUUAUUUACUUCCGGCUUAAGUGUUGAAGAUCGAUUAUGAAGGAUAUUUUAGGAGGAGUUGAGAAUGUAUUGAACUAAUUUUAUGCGUUGGUUUCUGUAUAUUUUUGUGAAGUUGGUUGCUAAACAUCAGCAUCAUUUAUAUUAAGUGAAUGAGUGAGUGAAUUGAGAAUUGUAGAAUAUGCAAUAGUACCAGAAACUAGAGAAUGGAUGACUACAGGCAGCCUGAGAUUUUGCCUCCGGCAUGGAUAAAUAAGAAUCCAUCUGAACUGGCCGAAUCACAUGUGUUCAUCAUCUCGUGUUUUAUUGCUGGCAUUAUUGGUAUUCUGACUAUUGUGUAUACGGCUUUCCAAUGGAGAAGGAACAUCAGUUUAAGUUUAAUGAAAGCCACUGCAAGAAGGAAAAAGAAGGAUCCAAAAUCAAGAAGCAAGAUCCCUCUAGCUGCGCACACUUGGUAUCUUGAGUCUGGAUCUCGUGGCAAAAGCUUAAAUUGUUGUGUCUGCUUGAAGUCCUUGUCAUCCUCUCAGUCUCUUGCGCCCAUGACGGGUUCAGAUAGCUUUAUUCACCGUUGUAGAAUAUGUGGGGCAGCAGCUCACCUCAGUUGUUCUUCAAAAGCUCACAGAGAUUGUAAAUGUGUGUCUAUGAUUGGGGCUUCACGUGUCUUGCACCUGUGGGCUAUUCGUUGGACAGAAGUGGUUGACCAACCUGAAGAAAUUUCUUUUUGCAGUCACUGUGAGGAGCCAUGUAGUGCAUCUUUUCUUGGGGGAUCACCAAUAUGGAGUUGCUUAUGGUGUCAACGGCUGGUUCAUGUUGACUGUCAUAGUAGCCUCUACAGUGAUACUGGCGAUGUUUGUGAUCUAGGUCCGUUUAGAAGGAUGAUUGUGUCACCUCUUCAUGUGAAGGAACUGAGUCGUUCUUCAUCAGGUGGAAUCUUGAGUUCCAUCACACAUGGUGCUAAUGAGAUUGCAUCUUCUGUGCGUGCGAGUAUUAGAAACCAAAGUAAGAAAAGUAAGCAAGGAAAUGAAGUCCUUGUGGAAACUAUUAAUGGUAAUGCAGGGGAACCUUCUACAGAAAGCACAACAGAUGCUAAUUUAACAAAUGAUACCUCGAAUGGAACUCAAGAGAACCAAAAAGGAAGCUACAAUGGGAAUGUUAAAACGAACCCAGAGGCCACAAGUCAACGUCAAGAUGGUGUUGUAGUCAACAAGUUAGGUCAAAAGCUGAGUUUCAAGAAAAACUCAUUAAAUAGUCAGAGAGAUGACUCCUAUAUAGCUGGAAUGAAGCAAAAAUACGAAUUGACUGAUUUGGGUCCAGAUGCAAGGCCUCUUUUAGUCUUCAUUAACAAGAAGAGUGGUGCCCAGCGAGGAGAUUCACUCAGGCUACGGAUGAAUAUCCUCUUGAACCCUGUGCAGGUUUUUGAGUUGAGCUCAACAGAGGGGCCAGAAGUUGGUCUUUAUCUAUUCAGAAAAGUACCUCAUUUCAGAAUUCUUGUAUGUGGAGGAGAUGGGACAGUUGGAUGGGUUUUGGAUACCAUUGAAAGGCAAAAUUUUGUUUCUCCGCCACCAGUUGCUAUUCUGCCAGCUGGAACUGGAAAUGACCUGGCAAGAGUUUUAGGUUGGGGAGGUGGUUUGGGAUCAGUAGAGAAACAUGGAGGGCUCUGCACAAUGCUGCAAGAUAUAGAUCAUGCUGCUGUUACCAUUCUUGAUCGUUGGAAGAUUUCUAUAACCAAUCAGAAGGGGAAGGAGCUUCGUGCUCCAAAAUUCAUGAAUAAUUAUCUUGGGGUAGGAUGUGAUGCGAAGGUUGCUCUAGAAAUUCACAAUCUGAGGGAGGAGAACCCGGAGAAAUUCUAUAACCAGUUUAUGAAUAAAGUUCUUUAUGCUAGAGAAGGCGCUAGGACUAUUAUGGAUAGAACAUUUGCAGAUUACCCUUGGCAAGUCAAAGUGGAGGUAGAUGGCGUUGACAUUGAGGUUCCUGAGGAUGCUGAGGGUGUUCUUGUUGCCAAUAUUGGCAGCUAUAUGGGUGGUGUCGACUUGUGGCAGAAUGAAGAUGACAACUAUGAUAAUUUUGAUCCUCAAUCUAUGCAUGAUAAGAUACUUGAAGUUGUGAGCAUAUCAGGGACAUGGCAUCUUGGAAAGCUUCAGGUAGGGCUUUCUCGAGCUCGAAGGCUUGCACAGGGGCAGAACAUCAAAAUUCAGCUUCUUGCUCCAUUGCCUGUACAAAUAGAUGGUGAACCAUGGCUGCAGUCACCUUGCACAUUGACCAUUUCACAUCAUGGCCAGGCUUUCAUGUUGAAAAGGUCCACUGAGGAACCUCUUGGUCAUGCGGCAGCUAUAGUGGCAGAUGUGCUAGCACAUGCUGAAACAAAUCAUGUGAUAAAUUCUACUCAGAAACGAGCUCUUCUUCAGGAAAUGGCACUCAAGCUAUCUUAGAAUACACAUUACUUUGCCAGUCAGCCAGGGGCAAUGCCACAUGUGCGUCAAGCUGGCAGAUAUAUUUUAAACAUACAUUUGAUGAUAAUGAUAUAAUUGCUAAGCAAAAACAAAGUUUAUCAUUAUUCAAUUUUGAAAGGUAGGGAUACUUAUAAUCAGAGGAAUACGUGUACAGAUUACUGGA